CCCGUUAGAAACGUUUUUUAAAGCAGCAAUCGCCUUUUUAUUAGAGUAGGCGGCGAAUGUACGCUACAAUUACAUAUUACUCUUCACAGUGAAUCAGUAAUAUUGAUGAGUAGGCAGUGGAACAAGUCGUAUGAAGUAUAUGUAUGCCAGCAUGAAGCAUUGAAGCAUCUCUUUCAUUGCAGGUUCGACUCACUGCUUCCACUGGCGGCUAUGUUCGGGUCGCUGUGGGGUUGCUGCCUGGCGUUCUGGCUGGGCCGUCGGUGGGGGAUGGCGAUCGGUUCCCUGGGCUCGCUGUGUGCAUGGCUAGCCCUCGGUUGGGCCUCCAGCGACUCUUGGAGCCUCUACACGGCAAGGUUCCUGGAGGGUGCCGCCACCGGGGUCAUCUCGAUCAUCGCGCCUGCGUACGUCGCCGAAAUCGCGACGGUCAAGGACAGGGGCAAGCAGUGUGGGACGGUACAGACAGCCAUAGCCGCGGGUGUGCUCUACACGCACGUGGUGGGACGGUUCACGGACUGGUCGCAGCUGGCCCUAUGGUGCGCGGUGCCAUCUGCCUUGUCUGCGCUACUCGCCGUGCGGGCAAUUGAGUCUCCACGCUGGCUUAUGGAACAAGGCAAGCAGGACGCGUCCCAGGCAUCGUUGAGGCGUCUACGCUUCAUUACCUCGCAGGCGGAUGGUGAGGUGGAGGCCAUCGAAGUCAUCUAUGUCAAGUCACCGACGCCCGUCCGCCACUACAUGCUCGCCGUGAUGAUGAUAGUGCUGCAGCAGUUCUCUGGCGUCAACAUGAUCAUGCACUACGCCUCCGGGCCCCUGCGCACCACCUCCAUAUCGUCUUCCCCCGACUUGUACAUCAUACUCGCCAGUGUGCAGGUGGCGACUACGGCAUUGGCAUGUCGGCUACUGGACAUGGUCGGCCGCAUAAAGCCGUUGGCCGUUUCCGUGACUGUCUGUUCAUGCAGUAUGAUGGCACUGGGAAGCAUCUUCUUCGCCUUCUCAAACGAGGACGGGAACGUGGACAGUGGUCCAGGAUUUUACCUCACCGAUGCAUGCAAAGUCGCCUUCUGCAUCGGCUACUCGAUAGGCCUCGGUCCAGCCGCCUGGGUGCUGGCCAUCGAGCUGGCCCCGCUUCGAGGCUGCGGCACCGACUUCGGCAGCGUCUGCGUCUUCCACUGGGCCUCGGCGCUCGCCGUCGUCAGCCUAGUCUGCACAGUCGGCCUCUCCGCCCCGUGGCUUGCGGUGCUCACGUGCUUGGCAGCUGUUUCCACGUUCGCCGGCGGCCUUGCCGCAGUCUUCCUGCUUCCGGACACCAGCUGCGUGUCGCUCGAGACGAUACUGCUCGAAGGCCACAAUGACAGACCCAAGAAACCCUUGGCACCCGUCGAGUUUACCGCUUCCUCGACCAAGCAGCUGCAAAAGGAAGAGCGGGGAAAGGAGCACGAGCUCCGCAAGGUGGCAGGUUUUGGUCAUCAAAAUGCCUUGGCUCCGACAGCAAAACGAACCCCGCGCUCGCCCUCGCACCGGGGGCGCGAUCACCCCCGCGCCUACAAACCUAACGCCGAUGGCCACGCGAAACAAGAUCCACACGAAGCCGCAAUGUCCCCCCAAAUCGAAGGCGGCGCAGCACCAAAGCCCGAUAAAGCUGCGGCCGCCACCGUCCCAAGCAAGCAAUAGCCUCAUCACAAGGGGAAACAUGGAAAGGACAACCUUCUUUUGCUACAACGCGGCAGUGUCCGCGUGCUUGGCUCCAAGCCGUGGGCCGACUUGUAGUUUCGCAUUGUUUAUAAAUACACUGCAUCCAUUUAUUAUUA